AGCCCAGCCCAGUGAUUACAUUAGCUGGGCGCUGAUUAGGUUAGGAUGUUGCCCAGGGAUAAAGCCAGGAUCUUUGGGACCUGGCUUCAUUUGGAGUUCAGCUACCAAGAGGAAACCUUCCUCUGGGUCCUGGAGUAUUUGGCCUGAAAUUGGGAAUUUGGGAGUUGCUGCUCCAGGGCGCUCCCUGCGGAGCUCGGCCGCCCGCCUCUCCGCCCGGCCUUUCCCGGCGUCCCCACGCGGGGCGCAGCCGCGAGAAAGGAACGCAGGUCACACCGUCAGCGCCCAGAGCAGCGCCAGUUUCCGGGCCCGGCCUGCUCUGGGAGCCAUGAGCUGCGGCCGUCCCCCGCCCGACGUGGACGGCAUGAUCACCCUCAAGGUGGACAACCUGACCUACCGGACCACUCCCGACAGCCUGAAGCGAGUGUUCGAGAAGUACGGGCGCGUGGGCGACGUGUACAUCCCGCGGGAGCACCACACCAAGGCGCCCCGGGGCUUUGCCUUCGUCCGCUUUCAUGACCGGCGCGACGCGGAAGACGCCGAGGACGCCAUGGACGGGGCGGAGCUGGAUGGACGCGAGCUGCGGGUGCAGAUGGCGCGCUAUGGCCGCCGGGACCUGCCCCGCAGCCGCCAGGAAGAGCCGCGCGGCAGGUCCGGAGGCGGCCGCUAUGGACGGCGGAGCCGCAGCCCCAGGCGGCGACACCGCAGCAGAUCCCGGGGUCCCAGCUGCUCUAGGUCGCGCAGCAGAUCUCACUAUGGGGGGUCUCGCUAUAGCCGGUCUCCCUAUAGCCGAUCUACCUUCAGGAGAUCUCGCUACUGCCGAUCUCCCUACAGACGAUCUCAUUGCAGAGGAUCUCGCUACAGUCAGUCUUACAGCCGGCAUCACUACAGCCAAUCUCCCUACAGGGAAUCUCGCUACAGGAGGUCUCCCUACAUCCGGUCUUCCCGCAACAGGUCUCUCUACAACCGCUCUCACUCGAAGUCUGGGCCUCGCUCUCGCUCUCCAUCAACCUCCAAAUCCAGCUCUGCGCGAAGAUCCAAGUCCUUCUCCAUCUCCAGAUCUUGCUCAAGGUCCAGGUCUAGAUCUACGUCCGGGAGUACUCCCUCCAUAUCCAAGAGGGAAUCCAAGUCCAGGCCUGGCUGCCUAGCAGUUGAGUGAUGCUGGUUAGCUGUUAAGGUGGAAGGUGGCCUGCUGCAGUGCAGAGUGCUGAGCUGCUUCCUGUUUUCUUCUGUUUCCUCCUGAAAAAAAGAAGCCCUGUCCUGAAGAACAAAUGACUGUUCAGUUUAUUAAAAUGCCUGUCAACUGCCCUUCCAGUCACCCAGGCCUGGAAGAGAAAUAAUAGAGCAUGCAGUGAGCACAUCUAGCUGAUGAUAAUCACACCUCUUCCCCCUCUCUAUUCUGUUAAAUGGCAAAUCUGAUCGUAUCAACACACAUGAACUUAAAAUAUGGGGAAUGUUAUGGAAGAAAUGGCUUGUAACUUUGUAGGUACUUAUAACAUGGUGUAUGUUUUUGAUUAUGAAUAUUUCUUACUAUUACCAUGUUUCUAUUAUUGAAUUAAAAUGUUUUCUUGGUGUUACAUUUUCUCAAAAUAAAACUAGAAAUAUUUUAUAGAAA